AUGGUCUCCGUGAAGAUGCUGAUCCAGGCGGGGCUGCUGGCGCCCGGACAGACGCUGUCCGUGAGGGCGGGGGCGGACACGAUGAAGGGCGUGUUGGGCGAGGACGGGAGGAUCCGAUUUGAUGGCGGGGAGUACGCAUCGCUUUCCGCCUUCGCGCAGAGGGCGCUGUGCAAGGCGGGGCGCAACAGGAAGGCGGCAGCGGGGUGGAACGAGGUGAAGCUGGAGACUGGCAGGCCCAUCGACGACGUCAGGCGGGAGUACAUGAAGCGCGUGGACGGGGGCCGGAUUGACGCGGCCUACCAACAGGGUCUGGAGUGGUCGCAAGGGGCCAACGCGGGCAUCCGGUGGCGCGAGGUGGGCGCGGCCGUCGAUGAUGACGAUAAGGAAGAGAGGUCGCUUCGGCCCAGAAGAACGAGAAGGUGGGCGGAAGGCAGCCGUCGAGGCCAGGGGAAAGGGCGAGUGGCACCACGGGAAGCAAAGCACAAGGCCCCUGCGCCAGUUUUCACCAAAGUGGCCACCUUUGUGCGUGGCGGUCUUCGAGGCAGGCGCAAAGCUCGCCAGGCUGAGGGAGAACACAGACGGUGUGCCAUCGCUAGUUUGGCCGAAGCAGCUGCUCUGGUGGAGGGAGGAGUUUUGAAAGCAGCUGAACUGAAAGAGAUUUCGUACCAGACCUUGUCAGGGCCAUUCCCGUUUGGGCGGGAUGCCUACAGGGGUGGAGAUGGUGGGCAGGGUCAGACGAUAUCGCCCCAUGAGUUCGCGCGCCUUGCCCGAAAGCGAGUGGCCGACAUGGAUGCUCUGCCGGGAAAGGAGCGAUGGAAGAGGGGGAGGAUGGAACAUAGGCAAGCUGGUGAGGACAAGUAUUUUGCAGCUGUUGGGCCUUCGGUCAGUGAGCUGCACUGGUGUCCCAGCACUCGUGCAGAGGUUGGAAGUGCUGGAGGGCAUCAGGCAAGGGGUUGCCAGGGACAACUCUCGGGUGCUGGCAACCAGAGUCUUGAAGUGAAUGGAUGUGCAGCGGCCAGGUCUACAGCAGGCCACAAAUCUCAUGGCUUGCCAGGGGGCUUGGGGAAAGCCUUCAAUACGUUGUCCAUACGUGAACAGGUGGAUAGGAAAGAAGAGGAGAAACUUGCCAGGCAAGAUGGGUAUUCGUAUGGGGAGUGGAUAGCACGGUCAUCGACUUCCUUCCUGGCAGACAAGAACAGUGGCAUCAUGCAGGCCCUUUCACUGGAGGGCUUCAUGACGAGCCUUACAGAGAAGGAGAGAGAUCAGUUACUACAACUGCUUCCGAAGUGUGACAGGGAGGCCCUCCUGGAGAACAAAGAUCCGUUCGACAAAGAGGUAUUCAAAUCUCACGUUGCCCGCUAUCACGCGUUGCUGGGGAAGGGCCUGCUGGAGCGUGACUCAAACACACACUGGAUACCUCCUAGGGGUCGCACGGACGAAUCAAGGCUGCAGCGCGAGAUGGCUCUGCAGAUGCUGGCAUUGCACAUUGAUCCCAAAGCUCUCCUUGCAGUCCAGGAGGGCAUGCUGACAGUCCCAGACGCGCUGCUUGGCUUCGAGGUGGAAGAAGACGGGAGGAAUAUCGUAAGGCCAAGAAAGAAUGGUUCUGGGGACAAUGAAUGA